UCAGGAUCUAAGAAUUGAAAUAAAAGCAAAAUGUCAACUGGGAAGGUAGAAAAAUAGCAGACACUCGUUUGCUAUUUUGCCGUCGUCGGGGGACCGUGAAAAAUCACGGCGCCAAUCUCUACGAAGGCCGUGAAAGGGACAGACCUUCUUCUUCUUCUUCUUCUUCUUCUUCUUCUUCCUCUUCUUCUUCCUCUUCUUCUUCCUCUUCUUCUCCCCUUCAAAGGCCCAAGAAAAUGACUCAGCUCUGUAUGGGGCCAGACGACUUGUUCUUCUCACCUACCUCACCUCCUUCCUCUCUACCAAAGAAACCCAUACUUUCUUUUUUCGUCCUCAGCAUCUCCUCCUUCCUUUCUUAUCCUUCUCGACGAAGAAUCUCGCCUUUCUUCGAUUUCUUCGAUUUCUUCGAUUUCUUUGAUCAACGCGACAUACCUUAUUCCUUUUAUAAAGAAAAUAUUGUCAUUAAAAGUUGAUCGUUUAUAUUUUGCGUCACAAAUUCUUCAGAGAAUUUCGACUAAUCAUGAGCUGAUUAUCUUAUUUAGGGUUAGGCACAGUAAUGCGAGAAUAUAUUUUAUUUGUAUGUUUUUAAGUUACUGUAAUAAUUUAUCUUUACUCAUAACUUGCAAGGAUAUAAGUAUUUUUCUUUUUGCUGCGUUGUUUGAAGUAACAAGAUUCGAGCAUAGCUUGCUUCGUGAAUAAAUCACGAAGUAAAAUCGCGAGAUAAGGAACUAUCUUACCAGCGUUGAAUUUAUAUUCUUCGAUAAGUAGAAUUUGUUGCUGAAGUGGCGAUACCACACGAUCGAGAAGAGAAAUAACAAAAAUAACAAAACACGUAAAACGAGUACACCUAUACUUGAUGACGUUUACUUAUUGGUGGUACACCCAAUGCUACUAGACCAUUCAAUUUCUAACAUUGUUAGGAGAUAUUAAUAGAAGAACGAGUUAAUAUUAUUACCCCGUAAACGAAUGAAAUUUCAUUUAUCAUUUUCUAUUUUAUUGUUAGAGAUUUGGAGAACAUUAGGAAAGGUUGCUAAAGGUUGCUGAAUAAAAUAUAAUGCUUUACGAUACGAUGAUGCGCCUUCGUGCGAGAUAUUUCUUUUCGAAGUAGAAGAGGAAAAAGAGGAAACGAAAACUACCUGAGGGCUAUUGGAAGAAAGCAGGACGAAAGCAGGACGAAAGCAGGACGAAAGCAGGACGAAAGCAGUAGACUCUCAGGGAUCUCGAUGAUGAUAAAUGCUUCCUGCGGAGAAACGUGAUUUAUGCCGUCAUUAGAACGCUCGUCCCGGACCUCCAGCGUGUGGGUGGCGCAUAAUGAUUGCUACCACGUACUUACAUGCACCUAUGUAACUUACUAUCUAAAACACGCUGGCUAUGUGCAGACUAAUCAUGGACGAUAUUUCAUCGAGCCGAUGAACGAAGUCAAGCCUGAACUGGAUGGUCAACAUGUUCACAUAGCUUAUAAGAGAGAUGCGCCUCAUGAAAAACAAAACAACGAAAACAAUUUGACAAAAGGACAUUGUGGAACUAAAGACGAUUGGGAAAGUUCAUGGGCAGAACAAUUGACAAAAUUACAACAUCGAAUAGAAGAUGAUAACAAUAGUUUAGGAUCAAAACGAGAAGUGGUACAAUCUGGCACUCAUAGCAUUCAUCGUUACAUCGAAAUUGGCUUAGUAGCUGACAGAAGAUUUCUCGAUUUUCAUAAUAAUACCAACUACGAACAAUACUUGUUGACGAUCAUGAAUAUGGUAUCGGAUUAUUAUCACGAUAGUUCUAGCGGUAAUCAGAUUGAUAUCGUCGUAAUAGACUUGCUCAUAAGUACAAAUGCCGAUAAAACACUCGACAGUUUUGCCAAAUGGGCGGAAAAAAUGAAUCCGAAAGAUCACAAACAUCCUAAUCACUUUGACGUUGGGGUACUCGUGACUCGGUAUGACAUUUGUUCGGCAACGAACAAUUGCGAUUUGAUGGGUUUGGCUUUUGUUGCUGCUGCCUGCGAUGCUUCCAAAGCUGCUUGCAUCAACGAGGAUAACGGAUUAUUGCUUGGAGUUGUGAUUGCGCAUGAAGUUGGUCAUGUAAUGGGUUGUUCUCACGAUCAAGAGGAUAUAAGCGGCUGUUCGAAAACAGACAAAGACGGAAGUUUCUUCAUCAUGUCCCCUGUUGUCUUUAUCUUUACGAUUAGAUGGUCGCCCUGCAGUAGAAGAUUUAUAACUUCAUACUUGGAGAGUGGCCUUGGUGAUUGUUUAAACGAUGACCCAAAAAGUCCUGCUGCCAAGUAUGCCUUUCCGAACAUGUUACCCGGUGCUAUGUACGGUACUGAUUUCCAAUGUCAGAACCAAUUUCCUGGUUCAACGCCCUGUUCUAAUAGAGGGUUCAGCGAUUGUAAGGCUCUUUGGUGUUUGGCCAAUUCAAGCUGCUAUUCUAUUGGGGUACCGAAAGCUGAUGGAACAAAAUGCGGCGAGAAUAAGUGGUGCAUUCACAAGGAAUGCGUGGACAUGGGUUCCCGACCGAAGGCAGUGAACGGUGGAUGGGGCGAAUGGGGUCCCAUGAGUUCUUGCACCAGAACUUGCGGCGGAGGUCUCAAAUCUUCCGAGAGAGAAUGCAACAAACCAGUCCCGGCAAAUGGUGGUAGAUAUUGCGUUGGUGAGAGGAGAAGAUUCAGCACUUGCAACACUACGCCUUGCGAUCCAACAAAACCAUCUUUUCGUGCACAUCAAUGUUCCAUGUACAACGAUAGGAAAGUUUCGUCUGAUGGGCUACAUCAAUGGAAGCCAUAUUUUAUGGAAACAAUAAAUAGUUGUGCAUUGUACUGUAUCAACGAAAAACGUAUUUAUUCCAAACUAUCCCCUUCUGCAAACGAUUCAACUCCUUGCAAACCCGGCACGAAUAAUAUGUGCAUUGCCGGCGUUUGUAGAAAAGUAGGCUGCAACUGGGUGGUUGAUUCAGAUGCAAUUGAUGAUAGAUGUGGCAUUUGUAACGGUGACGGAACAAAAUGCCAAUUAAUUGACGGUGAUUAUGACGUAGAGCAUCCUAAGUCAGCUUACGUGAAAAUCGUAACAGUGCCAAGUGGUGCCCGAAGUAUAUUAUUAUUUGAAAAGAAAGCCGCUGACAAUAUAUUCGCGGUGAAAACGACUAAAGACAAAAAGUAUUGUUUGAAUGGUGCCAAUCAAGAAGAAAGGAGUGGCGACUAUGAAUGUGCUGGCUCGAUGCUUAUUUACACACGUCCGGAACCUAAUAAGGAAGAAAUUGCUAUAAAAGGUCCCAUCACCGAAGAUAUCGAUCUUGAGUAUGUAUUUUUUACUCCGAAAUUGAAUCCAGGAAUUCACUAUGGCUACUCGAUUGGAACGGCGAACGUGUCUCACACACCGAAAUAUAUGUGGGAUUUUGUCGAGUGGUCGGAAUGCAAUGCCAGAUGUGGUGGUGGUUCGAUGGUGUCCGAAGCAACUUGCGUUGAAGAAGGCAGCGGAAAAGUUAGUCCAUCGUUUUGCGAUGGUAUUCCCCAGCCAGAAGCAAAAAGCCAAGUUUGUAAUCAGGAACCCUGUGUUGCUAAAUGGAGAGUAAGUCAGUGGAGCAAGUGUAACGCAUGCGAUGGUAAAAAAGGUACGAGGCAUCGUAAAAUCCAAUGUAUGAGAAUGAGCGGGCAACCCGAUGAGGAAGCCAUUCAAGCAAAUUUCGAUGCUUGUCAGGGUCGCGUGCCACGACAAACAGAAGAAUGCAUUGGUGAGAGGCCCUGUAAAAAAAUCUGCGAUAAGAAAACUCGUGAUUCUUCGAGAAAAGAAUUGAUCGAGGACAAUGAGAUUGAUGAAAAUUUAUCGGAAGAUGAUCGUCGUAGAAUGAUCGAUCGGUUUGUUGAUUUAGGACUGGCACGUUAUCUUGAAAAUAUUCGUUCUUCGACGAAAGUUACGGAUAAGAGCGACGAUAAAAAUGAAUCGAAUGAUUUCCGACGAUUCAUACGCGAUUGGGUUAUGAAUUCAGAAGAGGAAGAGAAGGAGAGCGAUAGAAAAAAUACUUGCGAAUUCAGUGAGAAAAAUUUUACUACGCCAAAGCCUGGCUCGAUAAUCAAGGAUUCGAUUCCGGAAGAAAAUGUUGUAUUGCUUGAAGCACCUUACAACGAAGAAAUGUUAAUUUCUAAUUUAUCGGACAAAGCAUUCAACGAAGCUGGUGAUAUUAUAGGAACGAGUAUCGAUACUGAAAAUCAAAAAAUUUAUAAAGGCUUGGACGCUGUUAAGAUGAUAGAACAACUUCAAAAUCAAAAGAAACCAAAGAAUAAUAAUAAUCAUUCGAACGAGCAAAACAUUACUACUACGAAAAUAUAAUAUAGAUAUGUUCUUUUUUAAUUUCAAUUCAUUUUAGAAUCUCAACUAAAGGAUAAUUUACUGAAAAAAUCACUGUCUUCUUCCACCGUUUUAUUUAGUUUCUUUUCUCUCGAUCAUGUUGAUACAUCAACUACAUCUUCUUGAAUUCCAACGUUAUCGAGAGGUACGCAUUAAUAACAGGAUCUGAGGAGUGAGUUAUUAAAGGAUAGUUAAUUAGUUGCCAAUUAACGAUCGUUCCUUCCUAGAUGUUGCAGGAUGCGCUGUCACUUCGACAAAUCUCGCAAACAUCUUCGACCUCGUUAAAUUCCAUAUCGAGAUCGCAUGGUAUCUCUUUGCAAACGCCAAUAACGCGGAUGUCCCGAAUGCCUCUCUACCAUGCCUCUCUACCAUGCCUCUCUACGACCUUUGACAUUAAUAAUUAUCAUUUGGUCCCACCCAGUAGUAUAGCUUUCAUGUUUAAUUAGGAACUGCAUCGACGAGAUUUUAGCGGCUAGUGGCAAAUAGUUACCUACCACUGAAUUUUUUAUGGAGCUAACAUUUUAUUCCCCAAUUAAAUGAGGACUCGAAUAAAAGAUAUUUUCUGGUUAAAUCGCCAUCCAUCAGUGUGCAAUAACGAAGUAUCGAAAUCACGAUGUUCGUCGUUUUAUUUACCUUCAAAUGAAUUGCUUUCUAUUCUCGUUCAGGUCGCAAAUAAAAAGCGUAACAGCGCACAGUAAAACCACGUAAAAUCAUAUUAACUGUUACAAAUGUCGCUUUAUAUUAUAUGUACUACGAUAUCGUUUCAUUUUACCACUGUGAUAAGUUUACGAGAACCAUUUUUCCAGAAUACUCGUUAAGAGCGUGCGAUACCGUGCAAGGAAUAAUAAAAUUCUAAUAUACGGGUUAUUCGUUCCUAAUUUCGCAAAACAUGAAUCAAAUUUUUCUAUAUGCCUUUCUAAACUACGUUCCAAUGAAAAGAGAGAGAGAGGGAGAGAGGAAAAAACACUUUGUUAACUUGA